UUCGUUCGCUCUUUAGUUCAAAUGGCGCCAAACUCAUAAGAGUAUCAACAGGUUGUGCUUGUGCAAAAUAAAUUGAAUUCGUAUGCAAUGGACGAAUUAGCGCAUUUACGAAAGCGCAUCACAACAUCGUUUAAGCUAUGUGGCUUUCUGAUCCGCUCCGAAAACAGCAGCUUCCUCGCCGAACAGCUGCUGCCAUUCGAGCCAACCGAACGUGAGAAGUGGUUGACAAUCAUAACGGAGAAUUUGCAAGGGCAGAAGCUAGCGACGCCGCAUGUAGAACGGGAUGCCUUGGAAAAGGCCAUCAAUGAGCUUAAUCGUGUUGGUCUGGAUGAGGGCGAGACUAUUUUCUCCCUUAUUGAUGCAUUCACAGUGCCCCGCUAUCGGUACAACACGCGUAUCAAGAAGUUCGAGCUGGACUCGCGACCGCGUUGUCUGCUGCCACAGCCUCGAAUGAAAUCCGAUUAUAUGCAACAGCGCUAUGCUAUGCUGCUACAGAAGACACUGCGUCAUGAUCUAUUUGCACCAGCAGUCAUACAGGACGGCGUUGCAGCUGAUGCGCAAACAAAAAAAUUCAAGUUGCAGUACGCAGAAAAUUUACUGGCGACAUCCAGCUUAAAGGAGGCCGUUGUGCUGGGCUUGCUCACCCAGCUGAAGGAAGGCAAGUUCUAUGUGGAGGAUCCAACAGGUUGUCUGCAACUUGACUUGAGUGGCGCUCGCUUUCAUGCCGGCUUCUUCUGCGAGGGCUGCUUCGUCCUAGCCGAGGGUAGCUAUGCAAAUGGAGUACUGAAAGUUGACGGUCUGGGCUUUCCGCCCGCUGAGCCAGCUAGUAGCAGUCGCGCCUUUUUUGGCACGGGCAACAGUUGGGGCGGCGAGGCUGCCAAGCUACUGAAAUACUCGCCUCGUUUGCAGGAAUUGGAGCGCAGCAAUACUGAAACAACGAUUGUAUUUCUAUCCGAUGUGCGCUUGGAUCUGCCUAUUGUUAUGGACAAGCUGCGUCAGCUUUUUGUCGGCUAUGAUUCCUGUCCGCCGCAAGCGAUUGUAUUGAUGGGACCCUUUACGGCCAGUACACGCAAUCAUCAUGAGUUGCGUCAGCAUUUGGAUGCACUGGGUGCCUUGGCUGCUGGUUGCGAGCAGUUGAAAAAACAAACCGAUUUGAUUCUGGUGCCCUCUGUCGAGGAUCCAACCGCUCCAAAUAUAUUGCCGCGGGCUCCAUUGCCCGAGUGCCUGGCCGCUGGCCUGCUCAAGGCCUGGCCUCGCACCCAGCUGGCUACGAAUCCUUGCCGGCUGCAGUAUUGCACGCAACAGAUUGUGGUCUGUCGACUGGAUCUCAUGGCCAAAUUCUGUCGCAAUACACUGCACUUUCCGCCAGAUACAACGCACAUUGAGCAGCAUUUUGCACGCACGCUCAUCUGUCAGGGUCACCUGGUGCCCAUACAUCCCAUUGCAAUGCCCGUGCACUGGGAUUACGAUCCAGCCCUGUGGCUAUAUCCACUGCCCGAUCUCAUUGUGAUGGGUGAUUCGUGCCAAAGCUUUGCCAGCACCCAGCAUGACUGCACCGUGCUGAACACCGGCUCCUUUGUAAAGUCCAAGUUUGCCUUUAAGGUUUAUAUACCCGCCUCGCGCACCAUUGAGGAUUCAGAGAUACCCGGUGACCUGGAUAUGCAAUGAUCAAGACUAACCUCUA